AUGGACGGGUCCCAGGGCCAGGCUGGCCAGCCGAUGGCGCAGCCGCAGCAGCACUCCAAUCUGAUUCGCACAGAUCAGGUCCAGAAGUUGCCGCACCUGAAUGACCAGCAGAAAGCGCAGCAUACCAAUGUCGUGCGCUCUCUCUGGGAUUCGCUCAACACCCGCGAUCCUCAGAGCCACGAUUAUCAGACCGCACACAUGAAGCUGUCCCAGCUGUCCCAGAACUUGAUGAAGGGUAUGCGGAUUUUCCAGCAGAGCCGCCAGCAGGCUCUCCAGCAGCAGCAAGCCCAGGCCGCCGUCGCGCAGCAGACAGGUCAGCCGGUGCAACGAAUCCAAUCCAAUAAUCCGCAGAAUCUUAGCCAGCUGCUACCGCAGAUCCAGGCCAAGGUCAGCUCGCUCAAUUUCUACCUGCCGCCGAACGUGACCCAGGAGCAAGUGCAGACGUGGAUUCCCGAAGCCCGGUUGCGAUAUGGUAUUGCGCUGCAGAAGCAGGAAGUUGGACGAGCACGGAUCGCGGAUUUGCGUUCGCAAUUUUCCCAGCGCCAGGCCCAGGGCCAAAUGCCCAACGAUGAAGUCCAGGAGUUCAAGAACCGGCAACUGGCGGCUGAGAAGCUGUUCCGGGAGGGCAGCGACUUCUUGAACAAGUUCAAGGAGCAGCAGGAGAGCUUCAAGAUGCAAUCGCAACAGAACCCUCAGAUGAAUCAAGCUGUACAGGGCACGACUGCACCUGCAGCUCAACCUGCGUCGACAGCUCCGGCGGCUCCUCAGGCUCCUCAGGCGCCGACAGGAAAUGUGACAAAUGCGAUGCCCGGCCAGGCGCCGACUCCGGCACCGCACACUAUAAACUCGGCUGUAAACGCAGCGCGCAACCAGGCAGGGCAAACUGCGAUGUCCCCCACGACAUCCCAGCCAGGUCAAGCGCCGACAUCAUCGGCAAGCGCCACGCCCGCGCCUCCCGCGCAACAGCCAGGGCAGCGACCCCAGCCGCCAUCGCAGCAGGGCACUCCAGGCGCACAAGUGACAUUCACUCAGACACCUAACGCCGACGGAUCCACGCCCACACCAACAGGCCCGCCGGUAAACAACCAGGCGCAGGGCCCGCCGCGUCCCCUGUCACACCAAGCUGCGAUGCAGCAGGCAGCGCAGAACUACAACGCGAACCAGAAUCAGCCACCAUCGCAAGCUGUCAACCAGGCUGCAAGUAAUCAGCAACCUCACCCUCAAGGCUACCUCUCCAACCGAUCCACCGACGCCUCGGCCCGCAACAUCAACAUGGCCAUCCCCAAAACCCUCAACGUCUCCACCCCCGAAGCCGUCCAGAUGCCUGCUGCACGCCCCUCCCUCUCAGGUGGUCCCAGCCACCCAACAGUCGGCAUGAUGGGCCAGCCCGCCGUCCAAAAACACCCCGGCUACGUCCUCGAAGGCGAGGGCCAACACGUCCUCAGCAAGAAAAUGCUCGAUAUCCUCGUGCGCCAAGUCACCGGCGGCGGUGAGGGCGAGAUGCUGACCCCCGACGCAGAAGAGUUUAUCCUCCAGAUGGCAGACGACUUCAUCGACGACGUUAUCACCCAGGCCUGUCGCCUGGCUAAGCUGCGUCCCUCGUCGUCCCUCGAGAUCCGCGAUAUCCAGCUCGUUCUCGAGCGUAACUACAACAUGCGCAUCUCUGGAUUCUCCACCGAUGACCUCCGCACCGUUAAGAAGCCCCAGCCUACUCAGGGCUGGUUGCAGAAGAUGUCUGCUAUUCAGGCCGCUAAGGUCACGCAGGGACGCUCGGAGUAG